AUGAUGAGGUAUUGAUAGGACAUACUAAUUCUUAGAGAAAUCUCCAUACACUCACCAGUAACUAAAUUUGAAAAUGAACUGGGGGUGAAACCUAGUUCCUGAACCCAUUAUCCGCAAUAUUGUAGAUGGUAUCUCCUUUAUCCGCAAUAUUGUAGUUGUUAUCCCAUCAUUUUGCCAAGAGGUUACCUCCAUUAUUGGAGGUACCUACAAACUAACUUUGUGCGCUAAGAACUUAAUGCAAUAUUUUGAUGUAAAAUUAAUGUGUGGUUUCUGCCCCGGCUGUGUUGUCUCCCCCAGUGUGAGUUUACAGCAGACCAGUCCAACCACAGCCGCCGAUGACGCUGAUGAUGAGAAUGACGAAGAUGAUGAUGUAUGUGUGGAGUAGGUGACUCUUGCUGUGGAUUCGAGUUUCUUUAAGUGAACCUCAUCCCUGAUAAUGGAAACGCAGGACUAUAUUUGGAGGGGGUGAUGUCACAAGUGGUUGACGGUGAAGCCUAUAUCUGUGUGAGCGUGUGUGUAUGUGUGACAGUCUUAGAAACCACUGUCAGUAGCCGUGUCUGUCUUUGGAACCACUGGCAAUUGGGUUUAACUACUGAGGGUGAGUUAACCAGACCAUUAGGAUGCAUAUUUGAACUGAGAGAGUUGGAGACCAGGACACCUUACAUUAUACUAUCCCAAGUCUUUUUCUCUCUUUUCCCUGUGGAGUUGAGGGUAGGCUAUUGUGUGGCUUGUCUUUUUGGUGGUCUUUGGUUUGCAUGGUUCUCUAGACUACAGAACUUGUACUGUUUCUGCUGUCGUUCUAUUCUAAAGUGUUCUAGUAGCAUACACUGAACAUAUUUGAUGGGUGUAGGUUACAGUAUUCACAGGCAUGUGCAUCCCUCUACUCCUGUAAUUCGAUGGCAUGUGUGAUUAUUGACUGUCCAUCUUUUAUUUUCAUGCAGGGAUCCUGCGUGCACGAUGUAUCACCUGAAGCUGCCCGUGUUCCUUCUGGUGCCUCUCGUGCUGCUGCGCUGUGUCGCCACCGCCCCUAGCAACAGGUGAGAGCGAAAAGCUGCCUCAGUUAUUUCCGUUAUUUCUGAGUGCCACUUCUGUGAUGUACAAUUACAAGUGUCGUGCAGUGUCGUCCAAAGUUAAAUAGUCACUAGGAAGCGGGUUUAAUUUCGCAGGUGAAUUAAUCACUCAACUGAUAUAGCACCGGUUUUAAGCUGUGCGUAAUUUGGAUCAUCCAUCUUGAACCGUAAGAAAUCAAUUAACGACGUGGGUAGUCUAACUCUAAUAUCGGCUAAUGACAUUGAUGAGAUCAUUGAGAUGAAUAUCCAUUGCAAUCGUGACAUCCGAGAGGUCGGGUUUUGUCUUGCCAAGGCAGAGACAGGAAUAUGUGGAUCGCGUAAAAGUGAUCAAGUGGGCACUGGAGGGGGACUAGUGGCCACUCCAUUGCGCCCUCGAGAAUUGAGCUGAUGUUUUGAAGUGGGCAUCAGUCACCGGUCGGAGUGACGGUUUGGCUCUUUUCUCAUUUUGAUUCAGGUACUUCACCUCAUCUAGCGAGCAGGAAAGCGCGCUCCUGGACAGAGAAGGCUGGCUCGUGCCCGGGAUCGUCUCCAACCCCUUCCUCGGCCUCAUUGGCGCGCGGCUGCAGAGAGGGCUCACAUCUGUCAACAGGUAAGGUUGCACCUUAUUAUAUAAGUUGCACCUCUUUUAUUGAUUUGUUGAUUGAGUGCAAAUGUUGAUAAUUUUGUGGACAAAACACUGUACAUUUUUUUAUAAUAAUCUACUCCUUAUUGUUUAGUAAAUGGGUCCACAGCCUUUAUUUAAUUUAUUCAACUCGUCAGUCAAAAUAUGCUGAAAUAUUAUCUGAACUGAACAUUUAUAGUUGGCCCAAAUAUUAGCUCCAACUUAAGAAAAAUCUAGGUUAGGGACACCCACACAUUCAAAUAGUGCUUUUAACAUACAAUGUUUUCAACCUACAUAUUUGACACACAUUUACAUAAACAUGAUUAUAUUGUGCAUGUUCAUACAGUAAUUAUUAUUCAACAUGUCCUCACCUGGGAUUUGAACUCACAACCUCUUGGUUCACGGCAUUCCUAUCUUCCUGCUACACCACCAUGUAUAAAUGAACAUUCACAAUGCCAUCAUGUAUGUCAACAUGUAUGAAAUACGUAUAUAGGUUAAAAACACUGUAUGUUAAAAGCACUGUGUGGGUGUCCCUAACCACAUUUUUACCUACAUUUUCUCAAGUUGGAGCUCAGUUUGGGUAAACAAAAAAAUGUAAGUUCAGCUAACACUUUGACUGAAAGUUGAGUAAACAAAACAAAAGUAUGUGGAACCAGUAACUAAAUUAUUAUUUUUUACAGUGAAGAUUCAUGUGGAUCAGAAUUUGUGGGAGGAACAAUCACCUAAUAUUUCAAUUGAUAGUGAUAAGAAUAUUAUAAAUCAAAUUAAAUAAUAGUGAUCUUAAUAAUAAUACUAGUUUAUUGCUAUUACUAUUAUUGUUACUAGUAGCUGCAGUAGGGAUAUUAUCAUAUUAGUAUCAUAUAGUAGGCUAUUGUUAUGGUGGCUAUUUUUAUCUACUUACCUACAGUAUGUCUGGUAGGCCAAUAACUUUGCUGCAUUUUCCUGAUCUAUACCACUCUAUAAAUGUUUAGAUAAGUAAUGCAAAAUUUGUUUGAGAUAUUGGAUUAAUUGAUUGCCAUACUCCUAUAUCCCAUUAGCCACCACAUAGAGAAAAGGAAGUGCAACACGGCUACCUGUGUGACGCAGCGACUGGCCGACUUCCUGACCCGCUCCAGCAACACCAUCGGCACUGUGUACGCCCCCACCAACGUAGGCUCCAGCACCUACGGGAAACGGGAUCUACUGCAGCCUCCCAGCUAUCUGCCUCUCUAG